GGGGACCCAUUAUCUCACAGGGACUUGAACAGAGAAUGUUUAAAUAGAUCCUACCAUGUGUUCCUCAGAGGCAGGACUACUGCCAGACAGGGGAAAAGGAGAUCACCUUCAGCUGGGAGGGAAAUCAGGACACUCCUGGAUGUGGAAGAGAUGAGUUUUCCCUGGGAAGGAGAGGUCUGUUCUACCUGCACCUCACUGGAGUUGAAGCUUUGUGGAACUUGGUGGCUUUGCCAUUGAGGUAGAUCAGGCUGCUGGUGGUGGUCACUCAGGAGACUGAUUCUGAGUUUGAAUUUUGUGACUCCACCUAAAUUAUUCACACUUUGGCAUUGAACAGAAUGGAGGCCAGAAGUUGUUUUGGGGGAGUCUGGGGUGUUUGGGAAUCAGAGGCUGAUUUUACUUAGAGAAUGUCAGUGACCUUGUUUUAGCUGUUUGUAGCAAUCUUCUAAAAUGUCCUUUCCCCAAAGAAAGGAACAGAUAACACUUAUGUUUUUCCACUUUAUUUUGAAGAACUGCCAGAGAAUGGUGUAGUGAACAUUUCAUCACUCUAAAACUCCUUCUUUUACGCUUCUUUUUUUCAAACACUAUUUUUGUAAGGUUUCCUUUAACUAAACGAAUGUCUGUGCAAACCUCUCCUGUCGGUGUGACUCGGAUUGGGGCCGCAGGUGUGACAGAGAGCCCUGGGCCAGCCCGGCUCCUCCUGCGCCUUCUCCUUUCCGCCGUGGGUUUGCUUUGCCUUCCACGGGUGCCACCGCUCCUGCGAGCGCUCUGAGUCCUUGUCCCCGGUGUCCGUGUCCGCGGUAUCGUUGUGUCCGUGUCCCCGGUGUCCCCGGCCGCUCUGCGGGUCCGGGGCCGUUCCUCAGGACAGCGGCCCCGGGAUCGCGGUGCGCGCUCCCCCUUAAAGCGGCGAUGCCGCCGGCGCAGCGCGGCCGCCCGGGGCUGGGCCGCGGCCCGUUUAACGGGCCGGCCGCGCGGAGUAGCGGCCAUGCUGCGGGCCCGGUGGGUGCUGCCGCUGGCGGUGGGCGCGGGGCUGGGGGCGGCCCUCGCCCGCCGGGAGCGCCGGGAGCACCGGGAGCGGGGCGAUGCGGCCGAGGGGCUGCUGGCCCGCCUGCCCGUGCUGCCCGCCGUGGCGGCGGCCAGCCUGCCCGCGCCGCCGGGCUCGGUGCGCACCGAGCUGAGCAAGUACGGGCUGCCCGGGCUGGCGCAGCUGCGGAGCCGCGAGUCCUACGUGCUGUGCUACGACCCGCGGAGCCGCAGCGCGCUCUGGGUCAUCGAGCAGCUCAACCGGGACACGCUCAGCGGCGCUUCCGACCGCGCCGCCUGCGACUUCCAGGAGGACGACUCGGUGCACGAAUAUCACCGCGCCACCAACGCCGACUACCGCGGCAGCGGCUUCGACCGCGGGCACCUGGCGGCCGCCGCCAACCACCGGUGGAGCCAGAAGGCCAUGAGGGACACGUUCUACCUGAGCAACAUCGCCCCGCAGAAUCCUCAUUUAAACCAGAAUGCCUGGAAUAACCUUGAGAAGUACUGCAGGAGCUUGGCAAAAAACAACAGGAAUGUCUACGUCUGCACAGGACCCCUCUUCCUGCCCAGGAUGGAGGCUGAUGGGAAGAUGUACGUGAAGUACCAGGUGAUUGGGAAGAACAACGUGGCUGUCCCCACCCAUUUCUUCAAGGUGCUCAUCUUGGAAAAGGAGAGUGGGGAGAUUGAGUUGCGCUCCUACGUGAUGCCCAACAGCCCUGUGGAUGAUAAAAUCCCCCUGGAACGGUUCCUGGUUCCCAUCGAGAGCAUUGAGAGAGCCUCAGGGCUUCUCUUUGUCCCAAACAUCCUCAGGAGAACAAGUAACUUGAAAGCCAUCACAGCUGGAAAGCAGUGACCCCUGACUAGAACAGAUACAGGUAACCCCUGGCAAGGGACUGGCAAUCACCUGCAGAAUUCCUUGUGCAGUUGUAAAUGUGGGAAUUCAGAUUCAAACCUGUGCUUCUCUCCACUGUUCCCCUUGUGUCUGACUGGAACACAGACACACAGCCGGGCUCCAGAGUGGUCCUGCAGGAGGCUCAGGGGCACCUGACACUGAAGUUGCUCUCUAGGAUUUGCUCAUAAUCAACUGCUGCCUUGGAGUUGUGUGAGGCUCACUCAGGCAGAAAGGGAAAAAGGCAGAAAGCUGUUACUGUUUAGCAGGGAAGCAAGGUGGGUGCCAAGGGAGGAGAGCAGGAGUUCCUGCCUUCCUGAGCCCAAAGAACUGUACAAUUGUUUUCUUUCAGAAGAUGGUUUUAGCAGUAAAGUUUUGAACACCCA